GUCCGUGUCCUCCCUCCCUCUUCUUCCUCCUCCUCCUUCGCCGCCGCCGUCGCCGCCGCCCGUCCUCCCGCCGGAGCCAGCCGGGCAGCGCGGGCGGGCUGGGGGCUGCGCUGCCGGGGAGGGGGGGGGUCUGCAAGGAGGAGGAGGAGGAGGAGGAGGGUGAGGGGUGUCUGGGCACUUGGGCUGGAAGUUGGCGGCGAGAUGGGGAACGAGCGUUGGAAAACCAUGGGAGGAGCCUCGCAACUUGAGGACGGGCAGCAGGAGAAAUCGCAGAGGAUGAGCUGCGGGUACAUCCUGUGCACCGUCCUGCUCUCGGUGGCCGUGCUCCUGGCGGUGACGGUCACCGGGGCCAUCCUCUUCAUGAACCACUACCACACGCCCGGCACCGAGCCGCCCCCGGUCAUCAGCACCAACCCCCAGGAAGCCAACGCCCUGGUGACCAUCGAGCGAGCCGACAGCUCCCGCAUCAACAUCUUCAUCGACCCCAACUGCCCCGACGCGGCUGGCACCCUGGGGCGGCUGGAGGGGCUGCAGACCUCCCUGCUGCACACCCUCACCGACCACGACACCGAGGCCAAGGCCACCAAGAGCCAGCAGAAGGCUCUGCUGGUCACGGUGGCCGACGAGGUGGCCAAGCUGCUGGCACACGCCCUGCAGCUGCGCAGCGACUGCGACAGCCUCAAGAAGGGGCACAGCGCCAUGGGGCAGGAGCUCAGCACCCUGCAGGGAGAGCAGGGCAGGCUCAUCCAGCUGCUCUCGGAGAGCCAGACCAACAUGGCUCGGCUGGUGAGCUCCGUCAGCGACGUCCUGGACACGCUGCAGAAGGACCGCGGUGGUGCCCGGCCCCGGCUCAAGGCUGACCUGCAGAGGGCACCGGCCAGGGGAGCACGGCCCCGCGGCUGCUCCAACGGCUCCCGGCCCCGGGACUGCUUUGACAUCUACUCGAGCGGACAGCAGGAGGAUGGAAUUUACUCCAUCUUCCCCACGCACUCCCCCGCGGGCUUCCAGGUCUAUUGCGACAUGACGACCGACGGCGGGGGCUGGACGGUGUUCCAGCGGCGGGAGGACGGCACUGUGAACUUUUUCCGAGGCUGGGAAGCUUACCGGGAUGGCUUCGGGAAGCUGACGGGAGAGCACUGGUUAGGGCUGAAGAGGAUCCACCUGCUGACGGUGCAGGGCAGCUACGAGCUGCGCAUCGACCUGGAGGACUUCGACAACGGCACAGCCUUCGCCCACUACGGCAGCUUCGGCGUGGGGCUCUUCUCCGUGGACCCCGAGGAGGAUGGGUACCCCAUCUCCAUCGCUGACUACUCGGGCACGGCAGGGGACUCCUUCCUGAAGCACAAUGGGAUGAAGUUCACCACCAAGGACCUGGACAACGACCACUCGGAGAACAACUGCGCAGCCUUCUACCACGGGGCCUGGUGGUACCGCAACUGCCACACCUCCAACCUCAACGGGCAGUACCUCAAGGGCCACCACAGCUCCUACGCCGACGGCAUCGAGUGGUCCUCCUGGACCGGCUGGCAAUACUCCCUCAAGUUCACCGAGAUGAAGAUCCGGCCUGCCCGCGAGGAGAAUUAGCUGGGUGGCACCAGCCCCCCGCCCCCUGCCCAGCCCCCUGCCCUUCCCCGCCGCCCCACAGCCCUCAGAUGCCAUCCUCGCCCUCCUCCCCGAGGGCUGGCCCAUCGUUGAGGGGCCCCUGGGGAGCACCUGCCCUGGGGAGGGUGAUUUAGCUCACAGUCACCCAUGGACACCACCAGACCUUGGCUUCCUGCUGCCAUGGCUCCUGGGCACCCAUGGACACCACCAGACCUUGGCUUCCUGCUGCCAUGGCUCCUGGGCACCCUUGGACAUCACCAGACCUUGGCUUCCUGCUGCCAUGGCUCCUGGGCACCCUUGGACAUCACCAGACCUUGGCUUCCUGCUGCCAUGGCUCCUGGGCACCCUUGGACACCACCAGACCUUGGCUUCCUGCUGCCAUGGCUCCUGGGCACCCUUGGACACCACCAGACCUUGGCUUCCUGCUGCCAUGGCUCCUGGGCACCCUUGGACACCACCAGACCUUGGCUUCCUGCUGCCAUGGCUCCUGGGCACCCUUGGACACCACCAGACCUUGGCUUCCUGCUGCCAUGGCUCCUGGGCACCUAUGGACAUCACCAGACCUUGGCUUCCUGCUGCCACAAUGAGUCUCCUGGCCAGAGCGUGCCCCACAGGUGGUGCUGCAGCAGGGAUUUGGGGAGCAGUGCCCAGCAGGGUCCAGCAAGGAAGAGAAGAGGCUGCCUGGAGGGAGGAAGGAAGGGCUGCAGCAGCCUGGGCAGGCUGAGCACCUCCAACUCCUCUUUACUUCAGACACAGACACCCAGCAGGGACCUCACCCAGCUGGCACAAGACUGGGAGACCCUCGCUGUGGGGAGCCCCACAGAGCCCCCAGGACAGGGAUGAGGCUGCUGCUCCACAGCUCCAGCUCAGCCCAUGGUGCUACUGGGGACAGGGCU